AUGAUUGUUAUGUCUGUAAUAAAUUGUUUUGUGAUAACUAUAAUAAUAGACAUCACAUGCCUUUCAUCCAUUGUCUCUUCCAAUGAUAGCGCUGUCCAUUCGCUUAGAGAUAGCGGCCAACAGUCCUAUGUUAGCGCUUCGUCGUCUAACAGCCACCCAAUAGGCGGCGGCGGUAUCGGCGGCGGUUCCGCCAACAUCUAUCCGCCGAGCGCUGCCCGUAUGACCUCCGAGUCUGUGCCCGUGGAACAAGGUUCGUGCGUUAGCAAAACGGACUGCCAUUCGGCCCAUACCUAUUGCGAUAGCCGAACCCAUCGGUGUCGAUGCUCCGGCGACUAUAUACAUGUUGUCAAAUAUGUGAACAAUACGAGAACUAAACCUCUAUCACUCGUCUGUCUUCAAGUGGCCAAACUUGAUGACCGCUGCCACAGUCACGAACAGUGUGUGGUCGCCAAUUCAAUGUGCAUAUUUGCCGAUCCCGUCGGUGUUGUCGGCUUUCGUAACGUUUCGUCAAACUAUUGUAAAUGUCGUGAAGGCUAUCACGCGGAAGACAAAGAAGAAACAUUUGUUACCAAAGAUAACCAACGGAUAUCCGCCCGACGUAUUUGCGGCGAAUUUCUAUCGAUUGGCAACUCAUGGAUCGGCACAUUUGCCAUCAUCUGUAUUAUGCUAUUGAUUAUAAUUAUCGGCUGUUUUGUCGGUAUUGUACGAUUUCAGCGCUGGAAACAGCGACCGCUAGCUUCGACGGUAACCAGUUUGGCCGCUGACAAUCGACACACACCGCAUCUCAUAUCAUCGUCGCCGCCGCCGAUGGGCUCAGUCGAGGCUGAAUUUCAAAACGAUUUCAUACAAGUCUUUCCGAUGCAUCACUUGGAACCGCUUCCGGACAAGAAUACCUCAAACUAUGAGUUUGUCAUCAAAUGAAAUCAUAAUUAAAACAAACA